CGUCAUCAAAAACAGUGGAACGCUGCAAACCAAGUACAAGCAGGACAAGAGACUCAGCGACCAAAUUGGGCGGCGAUAUGUGGCUCGCUUUGGCGAUUGUUGGCGUUUCUUUGCUUAUUUACUGUAUUAAAAAUGCCUUAGGUUCUUGCGGACCCAAUCCUUUCAUGGUGGACACGCGAGAACCCCUCAAGCCGAUGGUCCACAACCGCAAAGAGAAGAAUAAGGUGUUGAAACAAGGCUUCCUGCCCAGUAAAAUUCCCGAAAACUUGGAUGCCAUCGUCAUCGGCAGCGGCGUUGGCGGGCUGGGUUUGGCUGUGAUACUAGCAAAAGUGGGAAAAAAAGUUCUGGUAUUGGAGCAACACGACAGGGCCGGCGGAUGCUGCCACACGUUCACUGAGAAGGGUUUCGAGUUUGAUGUCGGAAUCCACUACAUCGGUGAUCUGAUGGACCACAAGCCAUUCCGCUGCCUAGUGGAUCAGCUGACCAACGGGCAACUGCAGUGGGAGCCCUUGGAGAACCCAUUUGACCAUGUUGUGAUCGGCCCGCCGGAAAACCGUCGUCACUAUCCUAUCUACAGUGGGCGCAAACGCUUUCUAGAGGAGCUGAAGAAGUGCUUCCCGGGCGAGGAGGCAGCCAUCGAUGAAUACAUGCGACUGGCCUUGAAAACUGCCCGUGGCGUCUGGGUUCUGGCUAUCCUCAAGCAGCUCCCGGCCUUCUUGGCUGAGUUGCUGAUCCGCAGUGGCUUGAUUCGAUAUGUUUCGGCCUUCUUCAAAAUGGCACCACGCAGUGUGACUGAAGUCGUCAAUGGGCUGACGGAAAACAAGGACCUCAGGGCUGUCUUUGCCUACAUCUUCGGCACCUACGGUAACAUACCAAAAGAUGGCAGCUUCGCCAUGCACAGCAUACUGGUCACUCACUACCUGUACGGGGGAUGGUACCCGAAGGGAGGCGCCAGCGAGAUCGCCUACCACAUGAUCCCAAUCAUUGAAAAGGCAGGGGGUGCCGUCCUGGUGCGAGCGCCUGUAAAUCGCAUUUUGUUCAACGAUGCGAGGGAAGCAUGCGGUGUGAGUGUCAUGAAGGGCCAGGAGGAGGUACAUAUUCAUGCUCCCAUGGUCAUCUCUAAUGCGGGUAUCUUCAACACUUACCAGCAACUGCUGCCCAAAGAGCUUCAAGCCAUGCCAGCCAUCCAGAGACAGUUGAGCAUGAUGAAGCAUGGCGAGGGUGGUCUCAGUAUCUUUGUGGGACUCAACGGAACCAAGGAGGAAUUGGGCCUCAAAGCUGACAACUACUGGAUCUUUUCCGAAAAUAAUUUCAAUGAACUGUGUAUAAAGUACAGGGACAGCGACAGAGAGGAGUCAGCCAAAAAUAUCCCCCUCCUUUUUGUCGCCUCUCCAUCUGCUAAGGAUCCAACCUGGGAAGAAAGGAUGCCAGGUAAGUCCACGUUGACUCUGGUCAGCUUCGCCAAAUACGAGUGGUUCGAGGAGUGGAAGGAUGAUAAGCCGACCAACCGGGCGUCUGACUACAAGGAGCUAAAGCAGGCGUUCAUGGAGACCACCCUGCAGACAGUGCUGGACAACUUCCCCAAAAUCACCAGGGAUAAGGUGGAAUUUAUCGACGCCGGAACGCCCAUCACCAACACGCACUACAUCGCCGCCCCCAAAGGCGAGAUGUACGGGGCCGACCACAGCGUUGAUCGCUUUAACCCGCAGCUCUGGGCCAACCUGAGGCCGCAGACGCCCCUCAAAAACCUCUACUUGACAGGUCAAGAUGUGUUCCUGUGUGGCUUCGCCGGCGCACUUGCUGGCGCGCUUAGCUGCGGCUCGACCAUCCUCCAUCGCAACCUGCACCUGGACGCCAUCAUGUUGGCCAAGAAAACCAAGUUUUGCGUUGACGGAUCGAAAGGGGACUAACAAAGUUUUGCGUUGACGGAUUGAAAGGGGACUAACAAAGCAAAAGAGCGGAAACUGGCUUGACCGUUGAGGAUUAAUAAUGUACUAAAACCGCAUUUUGCUACAUAAUGUGAUCACACAUUAAAACAGAUUGCUUUUUUUUCAUGGUAUUGCACAAGUGCCUUUGAUAAAUGAAAUAAUUGAUAAGCGGCACAAAGAUGAAUGAAUGAAUGAAUGGGGGAAAAAAUGUUUGGCCAAAACAUACGCAUGCUUUUUAAAAUUAAAUGUAAUACAAUAUCUUUUAGGGUAUUGUAUUUAAAUUACCCCAUUUUUUCCACUACUGCACUCAGCUGUAUCCAAUAGUUUUAUUUUACAGUUGAUGAAUAUAAUGAACUGUUUCUCUGAGUAAACUUUUUUUUUUACAUAGAAAUG